AUGAAAUUGUCCACAUCUCGUCGCGAUUUCGAUACCGCCAGUGCGCGCAUCGUCGCUGCCCAGUCGCCUUGCGACCGUCGCCACGCUUCUGCCCAACAAUUUCCUUGCAUCAUCUCUCCCUAUUUUGCCCGUCGCCGUCCCAGUCGGCCGUCUCGCAUCGUCCUGGCCAACUUGUGCACUGCCAUGAGCUGCGUCUAUCUGCUUGGCGCCGCUGCACGUCAACUCGGUUGUAGCCGAGUUCACCUUGUAAAGCUGGAUUUCCAUCAGGAGGACAUGUCGGACCCUCUCGCGGAUCACCCAGACCUCACUGCCCUGACUGGUUCGCCCGGCCAGAAGCGCAAGCGAGAGCCUGACAGUCCCAGCCAGCGGCACAAGCGCAUGGCGGCCCCCGCGGCCAUGAUGGCCGCUGACACGGCUGCCUUUAUCGAGAAUGCCAUUGAGGCCAGCACUGCUGCUGCCGCUAACGGCGUCAACGUAGCCGAUUUUAACGCCCUGCAGCAGGCUACCCACGGCGACCACACCGACCAGGCCAGCAACGAUGCCACCACCACAGCGCAGGCCGCCCUCGGCAUGUAUCCCACACUGCAUGUGCCUCCGUCCACUGAGGAGCAAUUUGCCGCCCAGGCUACCGAAAAUGAAGAGGACCAGCACGAUGCUCAUCCCUUUACAUCAGAAAUCCCGCAGGACAUGAUGGACCAGGUCAACCACCAGCCCCAAAACGGCGAGCAGCAGCAACAACAGCAGCAGCAGCGUCACUACUCGGCGUCGUCCCAGGGAGGUAGUGCUAAACCACCGGUGGGCUCGGACGAGUGGCACAAGCUGCGCAAGGACAACCACAAGGAGGUGGAGCGUCGCCGCCGCGAGACCAUCAACGAGGGCAUUAACGAACUAGCCAAGAUUGUCCCCGGCUGCGAGAAGAACAAGGGCUCCAUCCUGCAGCGCGCCGUCAGUUUCAUCUCGCAACUCAAGGAAAAUGAGCAGCAAAACAUUGAAAAGUGGACGCUCGAGAAGCUGCUUACGGAGCAAGCCAUUACCGAGCUGAGCCAGUCCAAUGACAAGCUCAAACAGGAGUGCGAGCGCCUCUACCGCGAGCUCGAGACGUGGAAGCGCGUCGCGCAAAACGCCGGCCUCGAGCCGCCGCAGCCGAAGGAGGAGCCGAGUGUGUCAGCCUAG